AUGGGGGUGGGGGCAGUUGGGGUCCAUGAUAAAUACCUGGGACUCCCGUCUCUGGUAGCAAGAUCGAAGAUGGAGACCUUCCGAUAUUUGGAGGAUAAGCUUUUGGAGCGGCUCCAGGGGUGGAAGCAGAGAGCUUUGUUCUGGGCGGCUAAGGAAACCCUGAUAAAAUCGGUUGCCAUGGCAUUACCUUUACACGUGAUGUCAUGUUUCAAGCUACCACUAUCUCUGUGUCGCCUUCUGGAUAAGCAUGUUGCCCGAUUCUGGUGGGGAAUAAGUGACAACCAUUCGAAAGUUCGGUAG